GCAGCAUGCACGACGGGGCACCAAAGCCAAUCUUGUUUUCGUACUGGCGCAGCAGCUGCUCGUUCCGUGUGCGCAUUGCUCUAGCGCUCAAGCACAUGUCGUACGAGUACCGUGCGAUCGGCGACGGUCUCGACUCGGCCGCGUACACCGCGCUCAACCCGAGCAAGAAAGUCCCGACUCUGUGCAUUGACGGCGUCGUCCUCACGCAGUCGAUGGCGAUUCUCGAGUACGUCGACGAGACGCGCCCGACGAUGGCGCCACUGCUGCCUGCCGACUGCACGCUGCGGGCGCAGAUCCGCGCCUUCUGCCUCAUCAUCGUCGCCGACAUGCAGCCGCUCCAAAACGGCGCGGUCCUCGAGGAAAUCGGAGCCAUCUCGACCAACGACGAUGCCGACACCAAGUGGGCAGCGCACUGGAUGCACCGCGGCUUUAACGCUCUCGAGAGGAUCUUGGUGACCACCGCGGGCACCUACUGCUUUGGCAACACGCUCUCUCUCGCCGAUGUUGUCCUGUACCCGCAAGUGUUUAACGCCCGGUUUUAUGCCAUCGCCCUCGACGCGUACCCACAGAUCCAGCGCGUGGCGGCGACGCUCGCCACAAUCCCAGCCUUUCAAGCCGCGGAUCCGUAUAAAAUGCCCGAUGCGCCGACCCAGGUGUCAAUUUCAUCCGAAACAUGAGCAUAUUGUCCUUUCCGCCGUUGCAUCGUUCGUUUGGAUCGAUUGCAUGCGAAGAGUUAAAGUAAGAAAUUGGUGGUCGACUUGUCAAGGCUACCCUAGGU